AACCAUUUGUAACAACACCACCAAAAAAAUCCCAAAAAGCUAGCCAACAGUGAAAGAAAGGCAAUGCCAAACUAAAAAAAAAACUGGUUUUGUUGUAUAUCAAGAGAAAUUCAAACUGAUCUAGAAAGAAAAAGGUCAGAUACCCCUUCUCUUAAUCUCUAUGUGAAUGCUAACUGAUAUUGCAAGAGAAGUAGGGCUGCAAAUAAGAAAGAGAGAGACAGGAAGAUGUCGGCAUCCUCCACUUGGGUUUUUAUUUUGCAUGGUGAACCAAUUAUAAAAGGAGAAUAGAGAUAACAUAAAGUCAUCCCAUUUGAGUGGUUUUGCUGCUUGGAGGGAUAUUUUGCUGGGAGGAGAUAUUUCGAAAUGGUUUGGUACCGGGAGAAGCUAAUUCUAGAGGAUUUGGUGUUUGUAGGAGGGUUGGUGUUGGUGCAAUUUGUGUAUGCAGGGAACUCAAUUUUGUUGAGCUAUCUCAUGUCACUUGGCCUUGAACCUCUAACUAUUGUUAUCUUCUCUACUUUUGCCACCUUCCUUAUAAUCUCCCCCCUUGCCGUCUAUUUUGAAAGGAGCAAAUUGCCAAAGGAAUUCAGUUUGAAGUUGCUGAUUCGGCUGGUUUUAAUUUCUUUUGGAGGGGUUACUUUGUUUCAGUCCUUAUUCCUUAAGGGGAUAAAGCUAACUUCACCAGCAAUGGCAACAGCCAUGCCGAACCUUGCUCCAGGGAUUAUUUUCAUUAUUGCUUGGACAUUGAGGUUAGAGAGAGUUAAGCUAAGUUGCAUAUACAGCAAAGUCAAGAUUGGAGGCACAUUAUUAUGUGUUGUAGGUGCCCUCAUAAUGAGUUUAAUGAGCAGCACUGGAACAGCUAAAAAGUUCUCAAGUAAUCCUCCCCCAUCAGAUAUGUUCGACGUUCAUAAGAUUAUCGGUUGCUUGUAUCUCAUGGCAGCAGUUUUUGUUCUAUCAAGCAAUGUUGUAUUGCAGGCUACUACUUUGGUUGAUUUUCCUGCUCCAAUGUCCCUGUGUGCCAUAACAUCAUUGAUCGGUGUGGUUAUAACUGCAACUGUGCAGUUGGUUCAAAACCACAAAGUAGACUUUGGCUGGCCUGUUGUGAGACUUGGGGACCUCAUUUGCUAUUCUGUACUGGGAGGUGCUAUUGGUGGAGUAUGUGUGAGCUUCAAUGGAUGGGCAAUGAAGAAGAGGGGUCCAGUUCUUGUGGCCGUGUUUAGCCCCAUUGCAACAGUUAUCUCAGUUGUUUUUUCUGUUAUUGCCUUUGGCGACAGGAUUAACCUAGGAAGCCUCGCGGGUAUGUUCCUCAUGUUCAGUGGUCUAUACUCCGUGCUAUGGGCUAAAAGCAAAGAAGGUUUCCCUUCUGAUGAUCACCUGGAAAGUGAGUUUGAUCCACAGAAGCCUCUCUUGGCAUAAUAAUUAGUGUCAGUACUCAGAUAUAGAAUAUUGCCCUAAUUUGUUUCAGCAGCAGCCGUUAUGUAAGAGGGUAUAUAUAUGGGGACAAUGGAAACGCUAGCUUAAUCAUAGUUGCCAAGUACUUUACUAGAAUGACUUUCAAACGUGUAAAUAUUGCUCUAAGAUACUGAAAAAGGAAUAACUAGUGGCAUGAACACAGGUAUAAGAAAGAAUAAAAUCCAUAUAUAAAACUUGCGUUGUUCUA